GGUCUCCCGGCUCUGCGCGUGUGUAGGACCAAUGAGAUGACGCCGCGUUCCUGGCCUGCAUGCUGAGAGCGGGCCGGCAAUAAGGACAACCAAAACCACCGACUGUGACGCUGGAGGAGCUCGGAAUCCUGGUGGACCCGGAAAAAAAGCCUUUGGCGCGACGCCUACAGCCUCCAGACGUUCCUUUCCCGUUUGACUUGCUCCGGUCACAGAAAGGUGAGUUUGGACACAUCCGUUUUUGAGAAGCUCGAGCUAACGGGUUCCGUCAGGAGAAACAGUUUAUCAACUUCGUUUGGAUUUCUAAAAGCGAGAAGUCGACUCAUUGAAAGAAGAACAACGUGUGGUUCCGAUACAGAAAGCUCAUCAUGGCAGCUGGGAGUCUGGCUGUGGUUGCUCUCUCCUGCCUCUUUCUGGCAUCCCUGCCGUCAUACUCAGUGUCUGUGGCGGUCAUGUCAGUCGACUUGGGCAGUGAGUGGAUAAAAGUUGCAAUUGUCAAACCUGGUGUGCCUAUGGAAAUAGUUCUUAAUAAGGAGUCGAGGAGGAAAACCCCUACUGCUGUGUGCCUGAAGGAAAAUGAGAGACUUUUUGGUGACAGUGCUUUGGGCAUGUCAGUGAAGAACCCCAAAACAGUUUAUAGACAUCUUCAAAGCUUGCUGGGUAAAAAGCACAGCAACCUUAAUGUGGCGCUCUACCAGAAACGCUUUCCUGAGCACCAGCUGCUGGAAGACCCAGUAAGAGGCACCGUGCUCUUUGAAAGUUCAGAAGCAAAAUGGUUUACUCCUGAGGAGCUACUCGGAAUGGUGCUCAAUUAUUCACGGGGCCUUGCUCAGGACUUCGCAGAACAGCAAAUUAAGGAUGCAGUGAUCACCGUCCCAGCUUUCUUCAAUCAGGCAGAACGCAGAGCUGUUCUGCAUGCGGCUGAAAUGGCAGGCCUGAAGGUCCUUCAACUUAUCAAUGACAACACAGCUGUAGCCUUGAACUACGGGGUUUUCAGGAGAAAAGAUUUGGACAGCACAGUUAAGAAUGUCAUCUUUUAUGAUAUGGGGGCCAGCAGCACCACGGCCACAGUAGUCACUUAUCAGAUGGUCAAAACAAAGGAGUUUGGGACGCAGCCACAGCUACAGAUCCGAGGUGUUGGGUUUGAUCGAGGGUUGGGGGGCUUUGAGAUGGAUCUUCGACUUCGAGAUCAUUUGGCAAAACUUUUUAAUGAGCAAAAGAAGAGCAAGAAAGAUGUGCGAGAAAACCAUCGAGCUAUGGCUAAACUAUUAAAAGAAGCCCAGAGGCUUAAAACCGUUUUGAGUGCAAAUAUGGAGUUUAUGGCCCAGGUGGAAGGUUUGAUGGAUGACAUAGACUUCAAAUCUAAGGUAACCAGAGCUGAGUUUGAAGAGCUUUGUUCAGAUCUCUUUGAAAGAGUUCCUCGCCCUCUACACGAUGCUCUGGAAACUGCAGACUUGAAGCUGGAUGAUAUUGAGCUGGUAAUUUUGGUGGGCGGUUCUACUCGUGUCCCCAAAGUUCAGGAGGUUCUGCUGAAAGCUACAGAAAAAGAAGAGUUGGGGAAAAACAUCAACGCGGAUGAGGCAGCAGCAAUGGGAGCUGUGUACCAAGCAGCCGUACUCAGCAAGGCUUUUAAAGUUAAACCAUUUUUAAUUCGGGAUGCUGCUCUUUUUCCUAUUCAGGUGGAAUUCACUCGUGAGGUGGAGGAGGAAGGGAUUAAAACCCUGAAGCAAAACAAACGGAUUCUGUUCCAGAGGAUGGCGCCCUACCCACAGCGGAAAGUCAUAACGUUCAAUCGUUACCAAAGUGACUUUGCAUUUAACAUCAACUAUGGAGACAUGAGCUUUUUGACUCCAAAUGAACUCAGUGUUUUUGGCUCUGUGAACUUGAGCACAGUCAAGCUUUCUGGAGUGGGAAGCAGCUUCCAAAAACAUGCCGAUGCAGAGUCAAAAGGAAUAAAGGCUCAUUUCAAUAUGGAUGAAAGUGGUGUCCUCCUUCUUGAUCGGGUGGAGUCUGUCUUUGAAACAACUGUAGAUGAGAAAGAAGAAGAAUCUACUUUAACAAGACUGGGGAACACAAUUUCCACAUUGUUUGGUGGUGGGUCAUCUGACCCCACUGUAAAUUUAACUGAGCCUGUCCAGGAUGAUGAGGAAACGCCUUUAGACUCUAGAAAGGACAACAAGGAUGAGAGUCAGAAGGAGGAAGCUGCAAAGGACACGCAAAGUGAUUUUGAGAAAAGUUCAGAGGAUGAGAAACUCCAGGAAAAGGAGGAGGAAUCAAAUGACAAAAAAGACCCCACCGAGGAAAAAGAUGCAGAGAAACAUGGAAAAGCAGAGCCAGAGAAAAAGGCCAAACUGCAAAAAAAGAGCAAGAUCUCUGAGGAAAUCACUGUGGAACAGAUUAUUAAUGACAUUCUGAACCCCACUCCUGAUGACUUGGCAUCUUCUAAAAAGAAGUUGCAGGAUUUGACCAACAGGGAUCUGGCUAAACAGGAACGGGAAAAGUCACUGAACAACCUGGAAGCAUUUAUCUUUGAGACCCAGGAUAAGUUGUACCAGGAGGAUUAUAGUCAGGUGGUGAGUGACCAGGAGAAGGAGCAAAUCGCUGCCAAACUGACUGAGGUGUCUGAGUGGAUGGAUGAGGAAGGCUAUGCAGCCACCACAAAGCAACUUAAAGAAAAGCUGUCCCAGCUAAAAGGUCUGUGCAAAGACAUGUUUUUCAGAGUAGAGGAGCGACGCAAAUGGCCAGACCGACUGGCUGCACUGGAAAGCUUGCUCAACACGUCCACUUUUUUUUUAAGGAGUGCCAAACAAAUUCCAGAAGAUGACCAGAUCUUCACUGAGGUUGAGCUGAAUAUGCUUGAAAAAGUCAUCAAUGAAACAACGAUAUGGAAGAACAAGACAGUAGCAGCACAGGAGAAACUGUCUUUACAAGAGCCACCAAUCCUGUUAUCCAAGGAUAUCGAGGUGAAGCUUGCCCUGCUUGAUCGAGAAGUGAACUACUUGCUUAACAAAGCCAAGUUUGCCAAACCAAAGGCUAAAGCCAAAGGCAAGAACUCUACGACUGAGAAAAGCAGCAAGGCUAAUGGCACUGCUGAAGACUGGGAAACGGAACCAACAGGGAAAGGCUCCAACCUUAAUACUGAAGGUCCAGAAAAAGUACAGCCAGAAGAGUCUCCAGCAGCAGAGGACAGCAGUAUACAUCCAGGAUCUGACAGCCAAGCGCAGUCUUCAGAUGAGGCGGGACUCACAGGUUCGACGGAAAAGACACAACCUGAAAACCACUUAGAGGAUGAAUUAUAACAGCAGGACUGUGGAUUUUUCACUAUUUAUUGAUCGUGUGAAAUGUUGAAUUUCAGUCUGAGUUUGUUGGGCUCUUGUUUGUUUGCUUGUUGUUUCUUUGGUCCUGUCUGCUAAGUUGCAAACUGAUGACUUGGACAAAUUGUAAAGUUUCAGAUCUGCCGUUGGUUUUCUGCUAUGUCUUUCUCAGAUUAUUUUAACAAAUGUGUACCACAGAAAUCUAGUAAAAAAUAAAGUCCUGCUUUACAUGAAUAAUAA